AUGACAGCCGAUGUGGCAGAUCUGUUUGAUAUGUUACUAACAAAAGUUAUUGCCAACACAUGGGAGAAUAGAGAUUCAGUGCUUUAUACAGUUGAAAAAGCGUUAGAAGACAUCAAGGAAUGGAAGAAACACCUUGUCAGGGCACGUAAUCAAGAGGAAGCAAGACGUAAUUUAACUGAUAAGAUGAAAGAAAAUGAGGCCUUAAUAACAUUUGACUGGGCUAUGAAAUUCUUGCCAAGAAAAUAUCGAGAAGGUCAAGUGGAUUGGUAUGCCAAGCGUGGCCUGAACUGGCAUAUUAGUGUGUCACUCAUGAAGAAAGGUGUUACAUUUGAUAGUAUCACUCACGUUCACAUCUUUGAAAAUCCAACUUCCCAAGAUGCCGACGUAACUUCUCAAAUAAUGGUAGAUGUAGUAACUGAUUUGGUAAAAGUGCUUCCAACUUUAAAUAAAUUCCACCUGUUUUCUGACAACGCUGGAUGCUACAAAUCCUCAACAACAUUAACUCAGCUUCACAGUGGAUUGGGGAAUUUAUUAGACACUUACAACUUCUCAGAAGCUCAAAAUGGAAAAGGUCCCUGUGACAGGAAGGCAUCUCACAUCAAGUCUUCAAUAAAAAGAUAUGUGAACGAAGGGAAUGAUGUUGUUACUGCACAACAAAUGAAGCAGGCAAUUGACCGGAACCAACAAGGGAAAUAUAAAGUGAAAGUUGUGAAUGCUGUGACCAACCUUGAUAGUGGAGCCAAUAUUGUAAAAAGUAACAUUCCAGAGAUUACUUCUUUGCACAACUUCAAGUUUACAGAAGAUGCUCUAGUUCAGUAG